AUGGCCUUCACAACCAGCUUCCCGGCCGACACGGUGCCGCAGGCGCCAGAGGAUCCUCUCUUUGGCCUUGCCCGCGCCUACAGGGCUGACAACAGCCCGCUCAAGGUUGACCUGGGAAUUGGCGCCUACCGAGAUGAUAAUGCCAAGCCUUGGGUUCUUCCCGUGGUCAAAAAGGCUGAUGAAAUUCUCCGAAACAACCCCGAAUUGAACCACGAAUAUGCCCCGAUUGCUGGUAUCGAGAGCUUCACCAGCAAGGCUGCGGAGCUGAUGCUCGGCGCCGACUCCCCCGCGAUCCAGGAGCGCCGCACCACGUCAGUGCAGACCAUCUCGGGAACUGGUGCCGUCCACAUGGGCGCGCUGUUCCUCUCCAAGUUCUACAAGGGUAGCCGGGUCGUAUAUGUGUCCAAUCCCACAUGGGCAAACCACCACCAGAUCUUCAACAAUGUCGGCAUUCAAGUCGCCCAGUACCCCUACUGGAACAAGGAGACCCGAGGACUGGAUUUUGAUGGCAUGAAGUCUACCAUUGCCGCAGCCCCCGAGGGCUCCAUCAUCCUGCUCCACCCCUGCGCUCACAACCCAACCGGAGUCGACCCAACACUAGACCAGUGGAAGGAGUUGGCCGUUGUUAUCCGAGAGAAGAAGCACUUCCCCUUCUUUGACUGCGCCUACCAAGGCUUUGCCUCUGGCGACCUUGCUCGAGACGCCGCCGCUGUGCGCUACUUUGUCCAGCAAGGAUUCGAGCUCGUAGUUGCCCAGAGCUUCGCAAAGAACUUUGGCCUUUACGGAGAGCGAGCUGGCUGCUUCCACGUUGUGACCGCCCCUGCUGCCGACGCUACCACUACCAUUACCCGCAUUGCAUCUCAGCUGGCCAUUCUCCAGCGAUCAGAAAUCUCCAACCCUCCCUUGUAUGGUGCCAGAAUAGCCAGCACCGUUCUCAAUGACGCCGCGCUCUUUGAGGAAUGGGAAGGCAACUUGAAGACAAUGUCAGGCCGCAUCAUCGAUAUGCGCAAUGCUCUCCGAUCCAAGCUUGAGGAGCUGGGAACCCCAGGAACCUGGAACCACAUCACAGAUCAGAUUGGCAUGUUCAGCUUCACCGGUUUAUCAGAAGCCCAGGUUCUGAAGCUCCGCGAGGAGUACCACAUCUACAUGACCAAGAACGGCCGAAUCAGCAUGGCCGGCCUAAAUACACACAACAUUGACCACGUGGCCCAGGCCAUCAGAAAAGUGGUUGGUGAGACACAAUAA